AAUGUUUCCGUAUACAGUGUGCCGCAACUGAUGGAUUUUCAAAAACAGGAAGGAACAAUGGUGGAAUUGGCUUGCGAUGGUGAUAGGAUUUCAUUCACCUGGAAAAUAACAUACGGAGUCACCGGAUAUUCUUUGCUUGUAAGAAACGCAAAAGAUCGGAAUCCUCUUGUCAUCCACGAAAAGUUUUCUGCUGGUGACAGCCGUUAUGAAGUAAAUAUGAAUGAGCGAUUACGAUAUGGUCAGAUAUGUGAAGUUAAAUUACAAACUUAUGGACCUGGCGAAGAAUUCCAAGAAUCGGACUGGAAUGCCUUCGUGAUAGGUGGAGCGACGGUUGCGGUCAAUCCAACGGCAGAGAUAAACAUUAUGAACCCGCGGCGUAGUGCAAUUGUGAAUUGGGAUGAACCACAGGAGAAGCCGGAUUACUAUGAAGUCGUGGCUAUACCAAAUAUAGGAAAAGCUAGAAAACAAACUUGUCCCUUUUCUCCUGUAAUCAUGAAGAGAUUAAAAAGCGACUCAAAAUAUCAAUUUCUAGUACAUGCCAUUCAUAAGGAAAACAACAACCCGCAGAGUACCAUCGGAUGCAAAACAAAUACCAUAACAACCCAUUCAAAAAAAAAUACACCCGGAAAAUUUGCAAACUUUGCCGAUAUAGGACGACAAUCCGUAUUCAAUUUCAAGCAUGCACAAUUUGCUAAUCACAGUCAAACCAUAAAAAUCAAAGGUCAAAAUAUGAUCAAAGCACAUAAUACAGAAAUGAUGAUGAUAACUGACGAAAUAGUUGGUGAGCAAGCAACUAUAAUAUGGGAUAACCCAGACAACUGCGAUGAGUCAGGAGACUUUGAAAUACUUCAAUAUAAUGUUGAUGUUCGAGAAGCUGGAUAUAUGAUGUUUUCUAUGCCAUUCUUGGAGAAUACACAAACACACACGUUUCCAAUCAAUUUGGGAAAAUGUUACACAGUUAACAUUAAAACAACUUACGAAGAUAUCGAUGCAGAAACAACUGAGCACUCUUACGUCAAAGAAAAUUUUUAUUCGAGACCAACAAAGCCGACAAUUGAAGUAAUUGAAGAUAAAAAAAAACGUUCAUGUCAAGUGGUCUCAAUCCAUGGGAGCUGUUGAACAUUACCACGUUCAUGUAUUUGACGAAUUCCACAAACAAAAUCUACCAACUGGAUGUAAACAAGGAGGGAACAAUUUCAACAAAACAAAAUUUGAGAUUGAUUAUUUUCUUAGUGGUAGAUAUUACAAUUUUGAGGUGACGGCCACAGGGAAAGGCAACAGAAUCACGACAAACAGUGUAAAACAACUGAUAGGUGGACGACUGGUGCCAAAGAUGGCUAUGGCAAAACUAAGUGCCACCAAUGCAUUUGCAGCAGAUAUUGAAUGGGAACAGCCAGAUGAACCUCCAAUCGGAUAUAAAAUAGCGGAGGUCAAUGAUUCGGAUAUAGUCGAGGAAAAUAAUCAAAAUAUUACUCAGUGUACUUUCACUGGACUAAAAAAAGGAAGCCGAUACUGUUUCAAAGUCAUGUCUAUAUACGCAGAUGGUGUUGGGGGUGAAUGCCGCACGAACGAGAUAUACACAGAUACAAGGUCAGCUUUAUUGGAAAACGUACGGAUAGCAUUAGAUGAAAUGCAUCCUGACACCACAAUAUGUGCAUCAUGGAAACGAGUAUUUGAUGCUUUAGAAUACAGAAUUCGAGUUGCAUCUUUUAAAUCUGUUCUGGAACAAGUUACAAACGAACCUCAAAUUGUCAUAACAUCUCUACAUCCAAACACUUGGUACGAAAUCAGCGUCGCUGCUUCAAAUAAGUUGGGGUAUGGAAUUCAAGAUAGCCAACGAAUUCAAACAGAUCUGUCGCCCCCUGAAUGUGUUCGCCUAUAUGCUCUAACGUGGAAAUCAGCUACAGUAACAUUCGCACAAGCUCCAAACAACUCGAAACAUUCAUCACGCUAUAUCAAGCAGAAAAUGAUAUAGUUGUAGACAACGUAGUAACAGAUGCAGUUUCAUACAUAUUUGAAGAGUUGAAUGGUGACACUGAAUAUUAUGCUUCAGUUCAAUAACAGAAAGAGAUCGCGAAAGUAGGCGUGUGCAAUCAAACCUCAAUGAAAACUGUACCAAAUCCAGUAGUAAUAAACGAUGUGAACUUGUGUGAUAACAAUCCAUCAACUGAUAUUAAAACUUGAAUGGCAAGUCGAGAAGUUAUCUUCACGUUAC